CCCUCCCCCUUUAAUGCAUUCAUCACUUUCUUGCCAUCCAACGAACUUCUUGCAAAACUUUUCCAACUAAUCCAAAAGCUAUUCCUUUAAAAACCCUUUUGUUUUUGUAGAAAUUUGAAUCAACCAGCAGCCACACCCAUACAUAAUAAUUACCAUGAAAUUCUCCAUUCUGCAUUGUACGAUUCACAACUCCACAAUCUCCCUCUUGUAGUUCUUCCCUCUCCCAAACAUGUCCUAACUUGAAAAUUUCCAAGUCUUUCUCCUGCAAAAUGGCGCGGGUUAAGUACUACUCCAUCAUAUUACCCAUGCUAUUGGCAUGGCUAAUUACAUUUUUACCCUCCCGCGCAUCACCGAACCCAAACGGCGACGGUUACGUCCGAGACGCAUGCAGCGUCACACGCUACCGCGAUCUCUGCAUCCGUUCCCUAUCGUCGUUCUCAAGCACAGCCAAAGACAACCCUAGCAAAUGGGCUCGGGCGGGGGUGUCCGUCGCCAUCGGAGAAGCGAAGCGCGUUGCUCGGUACUUGGCGACAUUGAAGCGGAACAGACAGCGCAUCCGCGGAAGGAACAGAAUCGCGUUGUCCGAUUGCGUCGAGUGUUUUCAGGACACGCUUGAUAAUCUCCACAGAUCGCUUUACGUGCUUAGAAAGCUGAGUGUUAGGGAUUUCGGUUCUCAGGUUGAGGAUGUGGCUACUUGGGUUAGCGCUGCUCUCACCGACGAAGAUACUUGUGUCGACGGCUUCGAUGAGCGAACGGGAAAGGGCGUUAAGCCUCUUAUAAAUCGCGUUUCGAAUGUGACUUACAUGACCAGCAACGCGCUGGCGCUUAUCAACAAACUCGUGACUGCCGGUCCGGAAUGCCUCAAGAAUGGGUAGCAAAAUGUCAGCAGUUUGUGUGACUAAUGAAAUGUAAUUGGUGGGUGUGAUCCAAAACUGUGUAAAUUUUGCCCUUUGUGUUAACUGUGGAACACAAGUGGAUAAAUAAAGUUAAAAAGUUUGGAUCA